GUCACUUGCAUCCACCAAGUACAGAAUAAACAGGUAGCAGCACGCAGACAUCUUCAGCAGCAGCAGCGAUGGCGGAGUUAUCGUGGCUCACGGCGCUAGGCUUCGCCUUCCUGACCUUCAACUCCGGCAUGGCCAUCUACCGCUCCAAGGGCGACGCGGGGUCCAUCCUCUUCGUCGCCUUCUCCUACCUCGACCUGCUGGCCCUCUUCGCCUGCCUGCGCCACUACGAGCGCCUGGACCGCCACUCCCCUCGCCGCGAGAAGGUCAAGGCCGCCGUCUGGUCGCUCACCACGCUCCUCACCGUCAUGUUCAGCUACAAGGUCGCCGAGCUCAUACCCCUCGCCGUCAAGCUCCUCGUCUGGGCCAUGGCCGCCGCCACCACCUGCGGGGGCUUCUACGCCUUCUUCAUCCACGACGACAAGGAGUUCCAGCUGCAGCAGCAGGACGUCGCCGAGCGCGGCCAGGGCGCCGCCAACUACUAGUAGCUAGCCGGCGGCUCGGCGCUUGCCGCCGCGAGGUACGUGCUCCAGCGCUAACAGCGGCGGCGGACGUUAGAUCUAAGCAACCAGGUCGUUACUGUAUCUUGGCUUUUUUCUCUUCCCGGUUUCCUUUGGCUUGCCCGGCGUGGUCAGAUAAUCAGUAGAUCUGGAAUUCGGCAUCUGUAUAAAGGAAAUCCGCCGCUGCGGCCUCUCUGUCCCGGCUACAAUAAUGAGAUCUGUCCAGUUUGAUGUGCUGAAGCGCCCCGUUGACAAGUCAGUUUGCUGAUUUUGAUCCCUGGUUAGACUUUCUGACCUUCAAAUUGGGCGUGUGCCCGCCACAAGGAGGAAGAAACUACGACCACUGGAGGUAAGGUGAGCUUAAUUUGCGGUUUGUGUAUGGGCUUACCUUGGUAAUGGAUAUGAUGUGGAAUCUUCAGAUAGUUUGCUUGAAGUUGUGUUUGGAAAAGUGAGCUGUCUCGAAUCAUUCACAGAUUGGGAGAUCCUGUCAUACAAGGAGGGUAAAGAAGGAGAAGACAGAUGCAGGGAAAAUGAAUGAAAUCACCAACGAAGAAGAAAAAAGGCACCGGAGUGAAAACUGGAAGAACCCAGGGGAGGACAACAGAUAAGCGAAACAAACAGAGAUGCAGGUGAAUCUUGCGGAUACAAUAGAUCAUCUGCGCAAUAAGAUGCCAAACAAGAAAUUGUGCUGAUGCUGUACUUGUUAAGUUAUUUAAUCUGAUGCAGCCAUCAGUACUUUGCUGUAUGCCGACGGGAACAUGUCGCCACUAGAAAUUUGAUCAACAAAUGGCCAGUAUUUCAACUAGAUUUGAGGCAUGGGAUCAAGAGUGAAUCGUCCUCAUCAGCGUGACAGUUGCUUUUGCAGUCUCCUAAAGAUUUCAGCUGGUUUAUCUCCCUACUUGAGAUUCAAGUCACCUCCUGGAUGAAAGAUAUCUUUUCAUGGAUCAUUUGAGAAACUUGGCGAAUUGCAGAGAGUCUUCACGCCUUCGUAUCGUCAACAAGAUAUGCCUAUACAAGAUUGGGUGUACAGAAAGGAGAGCCAGAGGAACAAUAGGGAAAAAAGUUGCCAGGCCAGGGAAGCUGUUUCCCAUUGACCGUUUCAGAUUGCCAUCGUACAAACGAACUGUUCAUAGUGGAAUUAUAACCACAGACUAAGACAGCAUAUAUUUCAGAUGCAAAAUAGCCAGCCUUUCAUUGAUAACUGUCUAGUGGGAGCUGGGAAAUGGUCAUUGGAAUACGUCGUUAGCAGUUAUGGAAGGCACAUAGGAGGGAAUAAAAGACAAGACAAUUACAAAGCAGCGGAUAAUCUAGUAGAAUCAAAUAUGCUGAUAUUUGCAAUGUCAAAGCCAAUUCCGAUGCUAAUUCUUUUGUCACAUUAGAGGGGGCAAACUGGCAACAAGGUGAGAGCUUCUUAAUUUUUGAAGGAAGAGAAAAGGCCAAGGUAUUUUAACCCCUAGUUGCCCAAUCUAAUUUGCUGUCGCUGUUGCCUGUAGUAUAUGCUGCGCUGUAGCAAGGGCCGAGCCAGCCCUAUUAUAUUUUAAGUUAAAAUAAAUAAAUUCCACUAUCUACGAGCUAUAAUGUGUAACAGUUCUAUAAAUUAUGCUACGUCUUUGUAUGACUAUACCGUGUUGUAUGUCGUUUCAUGUCAGUCCUGCUGCUUCAUUGAGCUCUGACCAGAUCUCGGAGUGUUCUCGAUGCUCAGGUUAAGUAUUGUACAUUGGUACUGUCACCAACUCUACUAUUAUCGUCAUUGUCCUUCUCGUUGGAACAUUGCUGGGUUUAUCAGUUGUUGACAUAUGUAUAACAUUUGUACUUGUAUGUUGUCCUAUUAAUAAUGCUGUGUUCUGUA